AUGGAGAAGUCCACGGACCACGACACCCGUACCAGCAGGACUGGGCGAGUCAUCAAGCCGCCAACGGCAUUUACCCCGCCACCAGCCACCGUCGCUUCUGGAAAGCGUAAAGGUGGUUCUCGAAAGAAGGAAGCCAAUGUUGUCUGCAUACAUUGCAGUCGCGGCCAUAGCCCGGCCAACAACGCCAUCGUGUUCUGCGAUGGAUGCAAUAAUACAUGGCACCAGAAGUGUCAUGACCCACCAAUUGAUGAUCAAGUUAUCAUGUUGAAGGAUAUGGAAUGGCACUGUUGCAAAUGCAAGCCCGCACCUCGCCCGGCAGCGGCAAAAAAGAGCAAGCCCGUCAAGGCCAAGAAGGCGGGUCGGAUCCUGCACCCUCGAUUGCAGGCAGGACCUCGACUGGAAGUCGGUGGUGAUAGUUUCACCGCUGACGAGAGACGUGCAUAUCUCUCUAGUCUUUCACAUGCCCAACUGGUUGAGUUGCUCGUCCACAUCUCCACUCAAAAUCCAUCCGUGCCCAUGUUACCAGCCAACAUGAAGGAUCUGCCGGCAUCACAGUUCUUCUUCAAGCCGGCGAGCAAUGGAACCAAGAAACCAGAGACUGCGGAACAUAUCACCACGCCAGGUUCAACCAAGAGAACUCGGGCCGACGAAGAUCCAGCUGAUUCUGACUUCGACACCAAUUCUCGCAAGAGAUUUCGCACAACCUCUGCUUCGGCAAAAUCCCCUCCGAAAAACAUCUCGCCCGAAGCUGAUGCUGGGCCCUCAAAUCCCCCAACCGUUUCAACGACCGCCACUCCGGACCUGAUCACCCCAUCCGCUUCCACUCAUCCAAAACCCGGGCCCGAGACACCUUCUACGAACCGGUCACAGGGACGUCGUCUAUCGUUUGUCUCCCGAGACACAACACCUGAGGACUCGGACCCAGAUACCGAAGAUGACUUGUCCGAAGACGCAGUUGAAGACCAUCGCCUUUACCCACGAGCUGGCAAUGGUUUCUCACCUGCUCUUGACCCCGAGAAUCUCAAAAUCCUCGACGAGAGUCCAGAGUCUCAUACCUUCAGCCAUAGUGUUUAUGACCCUGCAAAGUCGGCACAAGAGAUGAAUGUUCCUCCUCGUGUCUGGCAAAGUCACAUGUAG